GCGGCCAGUCGGUCGGCCACCCGCCUCCCACUUGACUCGCGUUGCACUGCCACUGGCCGUACUGAUUAAAACUUCCUAUCGAGUGCCGCGUAAACAAUCGUCUCAAAAACGGAAAAUUGUUUUGAACUAUAAGUACUAUUUUUUUAUAAAUACAAUAUGGCAGAAAAACAAUACAUUUUGGGAAUGGACAUCGGCACGACUUCCGUCAAAGUUUGCGUAUACGAUCCCGACACCAAGGAAUUAGUGGCUAAGCAGAGUAAGGACACCGCGGCGAACAUUCCCAGCGACCAGGGCAUCGAAGGAAACAAGCAGGAUGUUCCCAAAAUAGUCUCUGCUGUUCAUUACUGUGUCUCGAGAUUGCCUAGAGAUGUUUUACGGCAUGUCAAGAAAAUUGGCGUUUGCGGUCAAAUGCACGGCGUCGUGUUGUGGAAAAACAGAGCUUGGGAAAAGGUAGAAAAAGAAGGCGUCGUAAUUCGUUUCGAGGCUACCAGGGAGAAAAUGUCGGCGCUGUACACCUGGCAGGACACAAGGUGCAAACCAGAAUUUUUGGACACUUUACCAAAGCCUGAUUCACAUCUCCAAUGCUAUUCUGGUUAUGGUUGUGCCACCUUGUUAUGGAUGCUGAAACACAAGCCGGAGAAACUGAAAAGUUUCACUUGCUCAGCCACAGUUCAAGAUUUUGUUGUAACAAUGUUAUGUGACUUAGAGUGCCCUUUUACAUCGGAUCAAAAUGCUGCUAGUUGGGGUUACUUCAAUACAGAAAAAAAUGAGUGGAAUAUGGAUAUAUUGAAAUCAAUUGAUUUUCCAGUCAAUCUUUUGCCUAAAGUUUUAAAGAGUGCGGAAAUUGCAGGAGUACUGAGCAGUUCUUGGAAUGGUAUUCCAGAAGGGACACCGGUCGGUGUAGCAAUGGGUGAUCUUCAAUGUUCCAUUAUUGCCACACUUGAAAAUAAACAGGAUGCAGUGUUAAAUGUAUCUACCUCAGCCCAGCUUGCCAUUGUAGCUGAUAGGAUAAAUGAUUUAGGAUGUAAGACAAUUGAGCACUUGCCAUACUUUAACAAUUCUUAUUUGGUUGUCGCUGCGUCUUUAAACGGAGGAAAUGUGCUGGCUACAUUCGUGAAAAUGCUUCAACAGUGGAUGCUUGAGUUUGGAUUCCCUAUUCCUCAAUCUAAAGUAUGGGAGAAACUUAUAGCCCUCGGAUUGGAGGCUCCAGAAGGCACGAAUAUGAAAAUAAGCCCCUUGUUGUUGGGUGAAAGGCGUGCCCCAACUGCUAAGGCUUCAGUGGAGAAUAUAGACCUGUCUAAUAUACAACUAGGGCACGUGUUCAGAUCUUUAUGUGACAGUCUCAUUGAAAAUUUACAUUCCAUGAUGCCCAAAGAGAUUUUAAGGAAUGCUAAUAUAAAGAGAAUAGUUGGGAAUGGCUCUGGCUUGUCAAGGAAUGCAGUGUUGCAAAGGGCGGUGGAGCACUAUUAUAGCUUGCCUUUAGAAUUUACCUCGGGCGGUGAUGCUGCCAAAGGGGCAGCUAUAGCUGUCCUAACAGCGACCUAAUCACUGUCAAUUACUUUGAAAUGGAAAUUCUUUUAUAUAAUCCAUACUAAUAUUAUACAUAUACAUGCAAGAGUGUGUGUCUGUCUAUCUGCUAGCUUUUCAUAGCCUAUCUGUUUAAAUGAUUUUGAGAAAAUUUGGUGAAUUGCUUAGCACUGGGUAAGUUUGCUUACAUCCCAGGGAUGGAUAUAGGUUACUUUUUGUCCCAGAAACUCAAUAACUUGCCACAAUCUCACUUAAACCAUGUCAUAGACAUCAUUUAUGUAAUAUAAAGUUACCUUAUAUCGUAGAGAUAUGUUACUUUUCAUCCCAGCAAAUCACCAUGGGUUUUUUAAAAACUUAUAUCCAUACGGAAGUUAAAUCCAGGACAUCAUCUAUUUUAAGAAUUUAAUAUAUUUUUUUUAAUUUUAUUAAAAAGAAUUUGAGCCAUGUUUAUCAUGACUAAUA